AUGGCUAGAACUAAGCAAGCUGCCAGAACCACCACCGGUGGCAAGGCUCCCAGAAAACAACUCGCCUCUAAGGCUGCCCGCAAGUCUGCUCCCUCAGGCACUGGCGGUGGUGUCAAGAAGCCCCACAGAUAUAAGCCCGGUACCGUUGCUCUUCGUGAAAUUCGUCGUUACCAGAAGAGUACUGAACUCCUUAUUCGAAGACUCCCCUUCCAGCGCCUGGUCCGUGAAAUUGCCCAGGACUUUAAGACUGAUCUUCGUUUCCAGUCAUCUGCUAUUGGUGCUCUUCAGGAGUCUGUUGAGGCUUACCUUGUCUCUCUCUUUGAAGACACCAACUUGUGUGCCAUUCACGCCAAGCGUGUCACUAUCCAGAAGAAGGAUAUCGCUUUGGCCAGACGUCUCCGUGGCGAGCGCAUUUAA